AUGGAACUAGCGGGUGCCUCCUCUCCAAUCAAUUGCCAGUGGGAUUCCUAUGCUCCUUGGUCAGAAUGCGAUGGCUGUACCAAGACUCAGACUCGAAGGCGGUCGAUUGCUGUUUAUGGUCAGUAUGGAGGCCUACCUUGCGUUGGAAGUGCUUUUGAAACACAAUCCUGUGAACCUACUCGAGGAUGCCCAGUAGAAGAGGGAUGUGGAGAGCGUUUCAGGUGUUCUUCAGGUCAGUGCAUCAGCAGAUCUUUGGUUUGCAAUGGGGACUCUGACUGUGAGGAAGAUAGUUCUGAUGAAGACAGAUGUGAAGGCUCAGAAAACAGACCUUCUUGUGACAUUGAUAAACCUCCUCCAAACGUGGAAUUAACCGGAAAUGGUUACAAUGCACUCACUGGCAAGUUUAGGAACCGAGUCAUCAACACAAAAAGUUUUGGUGGUCAGUGCAGAAAGGUGUUUAGUGGAGACGGGAGAGAUUUCUACCGACUGAGUGGCAAUGUCCUCUCCUAUACGUUCCAGGUGAAAGUAAAUAAUGAUUUUAAUUAUGAAUUUUACAAUAGCAGUUGGUCGUAUGUACACCAUAUGUCGACAAUACACACAUCAUCUCGUAGGAAGAAAUCCUUUUUCAGAUCUUCAUCAUCUGAUUCGUACAGUCAUACUUCAACUAACCGUGAAAUUCAUACAAAAAAGAGUUAUCAAUUGAUGGUUAUUCAGAACACUGUGGAAGUGGCUCAAUUCAUCAAUAACAAUCCGGAAUUUUUGCACCUUGCUGAGACAUUCUGGAAGGAACUCUCCCACCUCCCCUCUCUCUAUGAUUACAGCGCCUACCGAAGACUAAUUGAUCAGUAUGGGACUCAUUAUUUGCAGUCUGGAUCCUUAGGAGGAGAAUACAAAUUUCUAUUUUAUGUGGACUCAGAAAAAAUGAAAAAAAAUGGUUAUAGUUCAGUAGAUAUGACGGAAUGUGCUUCCUCAGGUUUCAAUUUUUUCAUUGUGAAAACAUCAAGCAGCAAAUGCAAGGACCUGGAAGAAGCCUUAAAAUUGGCUGCAGGAACCCAGAACAAUGUGUUGCGAGGGGACCCAUUUGUCAGAGGGGGAAGUUCAGGCUUUGUAGCUGGCCUUAGUUUCCUAGAGGUGGACAAUCCCUCUGGAAACAAAGGGCGAUAUUCUGCCUGGGCAGGAUCUGUGACUAAUCUUCCCCAAGUCAUAAAACAAAAGCUGACACCUCUGUAUGAGCUGGUAAAGGAAAUGCCCUGUGCCUCCGUGAAAAGACUUUACCUGAAACGGGCUUUGGAGGAGUACGUGGAUGAAUUUGACCCCUGCCAUUGCCGGCCGUGUCAAAAUGGUGGCCUGGCCACUGUUGAGGGGACCCAGUGUCAGUGCCAUUGCAAACCAUACACGUUUGGUGUGGCGUGUGAGCAAGGAGUCCUCGUAGGGAAUCGGGCAGGAGGGGUUGAUGGAGGUUGGAGUUGCUGGUCCCCUUGGGGCCCCUGUGUUGAGGGGAAGAAAACAAGGAGCCGAGAAUGCAAUAACCCGCCUCCCAGUGGGGGAGGGCAAUCCUGUAUUGGAGAAACAUCGGAAAGCAGGCAAUGCGAAGACGAGGAGUUGGAGCACUUUCGAUUACUUGAACCACAUUGUUUUCCUUUGUCUUUGGUUCCAACAGAAUUUUGUCCAUCACCCCCUGCCUUGAAAGACGGAUUUGUUCAAAGUGAAGGUGCCAAGUUUCCUGUUGGGAAAAACAUAGUGUACACUUGUAAUGAAGGCUAUUCUCUUAUUGGAGACCCUGUUGCCAGAUGUGGAGAAGAUUUAAAGUGGCUUGUUGGAGAAAUGCAUUGUCAGAAAAUAGCCUGUGUCCUACCUGCACUGAAGGAUGGUAUGCAGAGCCAUCCCCACAAGCUCUUCUACGCAGUGGGUGAGAAGGUGACACUUUCCUGUCCAGGUGGCAUGUCCUUAGAAGGUCCUUCAGUCUUUCUCUGUGGCUCUAGCCUUAAGUGGAGUCCUGAGAUGAAGAAUGUCCAGUGUGUGCGAAAAGGAGCCCAUAUGACACAGGCAGUGCCUGUAUGUCAGCGAUGGGAGAAACUGCAGGAUUCAAGAUGCGUUUGUAAAAUGCCAUACGAAUGUGGAUCCUCCUUGGACGUAUGUGCUCAAGAUGAGAGAAGUAAAAGAACCCUGUCUCUGACGGUUUGCAAGAUGCAUGUUCUUGCCUGUCGGGGUAGAAAUUACACCCUUGCCGGCAGGGAGAGCUGUACUCUGCCUGCUGCAACCGAGAAAGCUUGUGGUGUGUGUUCACUAUGGGAAAGCUGUGAUGCUCAGCUGAGCAAAUGUGUCUGCCGAGAAGCUUCGGAGUGCGAGGCAGAAGGGUUUAGCGUUUGUGUGAACGUGAACGGCCAGGAGCAGACGAUGACGGAGUGUGAGGCUGGGGCGCUGAGGUGCCGGGGCCAGAGUGUCUCCAUCACCAGCAUCAUGCCCUGCGCGGCGUAAACCCAGCAGCCAGCUGUGGCCGGAUUCAAGCAUGCGCGUGACCUUUUACUUUCAGACAACCUUCCCAGCACAAGGUGCAUUCUGCUGCUCAGCUUCCAGCCAUGUGUGUAA